UUUCCGUUCUGCCCGUUUGUCAUUUUUCUGUUUUGUGUCAGGGCACCGCCUUCUUCUGACCAGCUGAGUUGCUUUUACGCACGGAUUCGUGCCAAUCACCAAAAAGAGACGAUAAAUAAACAAAUCAACUAAAUCCCAACAUUCCAUUGGUUACCCAAAUGCCACUCAAAUCCCCAGAUCCCUCCCCAGCCCCACAUCUUUCGCCACAACCCCACCACCCCUUACCCUCUUCCUCCCCCUCCUCUUUUACCGGCUGGUGAACGCAUAAGACCUCCUCUUCUGUCCUCUCCUCCCUCCAUCUUGCGGGUAGUGUGUGUGCACACACUCGCAAGUUGAGCCGAGGCGCACGGAGAAGUCGCGACGCCAGCGGAGGCGAGUCUACGGAGCAGAGAGCGGGAGCUGCUGUCGGAAAGGCAGACUGGAUUUUCUUUGACGCGCAGACUUUUUGCUCCUUUUUAAUUUACUAUUUCCAAAUCAUCUCUGAAGUGGACUUUUGAAUCAGCUCCGCGAGUUCCCGACACUCUGGUGUUUUCUUCUAAACUUUGGAGCAACAGAAAGUGAUGAAGGCAGAGCCGCUGAGGUCCUCUCCGCUCCCAGCGUCCCGUUUGGAUGCGUGAAGCUGGAGGAGCGCGCGGGCAGCAUCCAACAGCGGGAAGACGGGUCCAGCCCUGGGUCCUGGCUCCAAGGAGACACGCAGCAGAAUUUUGGGGAGGAGAGGGGAUUAAAGAAGACAGGAGCUGCCCAUGGGAGGCUUUUUCUUUUCUACUUAGUAUCGACUCCAGGAGGAUUUACAGUCAACUCCAAACCUCUUCUGUCUGAUAGGUCAAGCGCAGCUGGAGCGCAGUUUGCUCACAAUGAGCUUAUUGAUUGCACCGAUACGAUAAAAAUCUGACUGCUGUGGAAAGAAAGCGGAAAUAAUCAGGAGACCCCCGGUUGUCAGUUCUGUGAAAAGAUCCGUUGGUUUCCGCCAUCAGGAGGGAUGGAAACGGUCGGGAGAGGGAGAGGCGCGCCGCUGGGACCCCGCCUCUGGAAGACCGUGUUUGCUCUUGUCCUGUGGAAAGUGUCUGACAGCCCAGCCGGAACAGCAGGGAGUGGACCAGGCGGAGGGUUGGACUCUUCCCAACCUCGUUUCUCCUCCUCCCUUCCUACCUAUCUCCCGGUUCAGUGCCAGCUAAGUGGGGCUGACUCCACCUUCUUCUUGCGGGAAGCUAAUCAGGAGGUCAUGCGAAAUGGCAGCCUGUCAGCUCGGACUGAGCCUUUCUUCCUUCACCAGCUGGAGCCAGGCGUUGCUGCUCCGCAGUCCCUGCCAAGUGUCAACUGUAGCUAUGGAAAUCUGAGCAUUGAGCAGCCAAUCCCGGUGGAGCUCCUUCAAGGUCCUCCGCCACAUCUAUUCAUCUCAACCAACCAGGUGACGUUAAACUGGAAGGUCAAAGGUCAAGUUGUGGUGCCUAAAGUAGGGUCAACAAAGCCUUGGAUUCAGGUACUCUUUUACCUGAUUGGUCGGCGCUGGGAUGAGCCUGACCCGCCUCCUCCUGCUCUUCCAUGUGUCAGAGCCUUAGCCAUCCGUGACAUCAGUGAUGCAGCACCUUCAGCAGGCUGCCGUCUCAUGGGACCAUCUGGCAUCUGUGUUGUCCGUCUGGAGAUUCCACCAGCUUGGUUUACACCAUCCCAAGUGAAAAAAAGACCUCUUGAAGGGACUCUACCACCAGUGGAAGUGUAUUACUCAAUUAUACCAAUGGAAGGAGCUGGCCAAGAGUGUCCUUCCAUUGUUAACGAGCCAUGGAGAGCUCAGAGUGCAAACGUUGGGCCUCUUGGAGGCCUUGGCAUGGGUCUUGGAGGACAAUGGAGCACCUUAGAGGAUGGAGGCCUUCAGGACAUGUUGAAAGCUGGUUCUGUGGAGACGAGCGUGGGCACAGUUUCUGCCAAAGGAGAAAUAUUGCAGUUGGAUGAAAAUCUGGAUGUUCUGGUGCCACCCAGUCCAGUACGGCUUGGCAAAACUGUGGCAUUUGGCAUCUACAUGAGGACAGAUUCGAACAAAGAUCAGUUCACAUUGAGGGUGUGGUUCCAGUCAGGCAUCAACUUCCUGGCUGUGAAACCCAGCAGCCGUGUCGCGUGGGAGAUCAAACAGGAAAUGGCACCGGGAAGCAGUUCGCUGGCAGUGAUUUGUCAGAGAAAGGCUUCCUCCACAGCGGAGAGCUUAGACAGCUCCUCGUACAAGGUGAUGCAGCUGGACUUUGAGGUGGACAACGUGAUUAACUUGGUGCCGACGCAGACUCUACACUGGACGGUGGAAUACCCCUCCAGCACACAGACGGCUCCAAGGCAAGUGGAGAAAGUCUCGCACCUCUACAUCAGCAACGCCGACAUCCAGGGCAUCGUCCCACUGGCUCAG